AUGGGAAUCUUGCCAGCACGAAAGGCAGUGGCCUUCUCCAUUCAAAGGGGCCAGACCCUGGAUGUGAUCAACACUCACGGUAAACAAGUGGUGGACUUUUGGGCCUUUAAUCCCAACGACCCCAAUGACUUUUUGUCCAUGGUACACACGCGUACCAUUCUCCUGAAGGUGGCCAUCUCCAAGGGAGAUAAGCUCUACAGCACGCGAAGGAAGCCAAUGUUUACCCUCGUCAACGACACAACCAAGGGUGUGCACGACCUCAUCUGGUCUGCCUGCGAUGCGGAGAGAUACCGAAUGCAAGGCGUCAUGGGCUAUCAUGAAAACUGUUCGGACAGCAUGCAUGGGGCGUUGAAGCAACAGUUUCCCGACUUCCACAUGGCUCACGACUGGGUUCCCGACCCACUGAACCUGUUCAUGAAUGUGGCCAUCGAUCACCAUUCCAAUUUGAUCAUUCGCCCUCCGACCAGUGAAAAAGGGGAGUACGUGACUUUCCAGGCGCAUGCCGACUUGAUUGUGGUUAUGAGUGCUUGUCCACAGGAUAUCGACCCAGUCAAUGCAGGUGAACCGACCGACUGUGAAUAUCGUGUUGCGGGCGAAACCAUCCCGCUCUCGACAAGCCUAAUUCAAUCCCCAUCCGCUCGUCCUCGCAAGGUUAAGGUGGCGCUUUCGUUCGACUUCGACGCUGUCUCUCACUGGCUCGGCACGGGUUGUCAUCCGGAUAACAACAUGGCCGACUAUAGCUCUGGCAUCUUUGCCGGACAGGUGGGCGCAGUUCGCCUGCUAAAUCUAUUAAAGCAGUAUGACAUCGCGGAUAAGGUGACGUGGUUUAUCCCCGGACACACGAUGGAGACAUUCCCCGAGACUGUCCAAAAGGUAGUCCAGUCGGGCGCCGAGAUUGGCCUCCACGGCUACUCACACGAAGGAAUCUACCAAAUGACUGAGACACAAGAGACGGACGUCCUUAACAAGUGUAUUGAAGUCGCGACAAAGCUUACUGGGAAACCUCCGCGCGGGUACCGGGCCCCUAUGUAUACUAUCCGCGAGACCACUGUUAAACUCCUCCGGAAGAACAAGUUUCUCUAUAACUCCUCGCUCAUGCAUCAUGACUCGCAACCGUUCUUCACGCCCAACGACCCGCCGAUCAAGACGAUUGAUUUCUCUAAACCGGCAUCCUCCUGGCUGGAGCCUACACCUAUCGCAUCGCAAGCCUACCCCGAAAGUGGCCUACAUCCUCUGGUGGAAAUCCCCUGCGGCUGGUAUAACGAAGACAUGAUGCCUCUGCAGUACCUCCCCCAUCUGGCCAACAGCAUGGGCUACGUCUCCACUCGAACUGUAGAGCAGAUGUGGAAGGAUAAGUUCCUCUGGUGCUGGGACCAUUAUGAAGGAUCCGGAUCCAUCGACUUUGUCUUCCCCAUCCUGAUGCAUCCCGACACCAGCGGCAUGGCCCAUAUUAUCGGCAUGUCUGAGCGGGUGAUUCAGUGGCUCAAAUCUUUUGGUGACGGCGUCGAGUUCUGCACGCACGAAACUAUCGCAAACAUCUGGUUGACGGAGCAAAAGAAAAUUGCAGGCAAAGCUUAA